AUGGAGGAACAUACAUAUGUAGGGUUCGAGAAGCCCCCCAAGAAGCGAUGCUGCCGACAGGGGACACAGCUUAUAUUGUUGGGGCUAGUGACCAUCUCACUGUGGGCUGUGCUGCUGACUCUGCUUAUCCUAUGGCACUGGGACACAGAACAGAACCUGAAACAGCUGGAAGGGACUGUCACCCAAAACGUGUCUAAAGUUUCCAAGGACUUGGAAAAACAGAAGAAUGACCACAUGGCUCAGAAAUCUCAGGCUGGCCUGAUGUUGAAAAACAUAGACAAAAUCAAAGCUGAACAGAAGAGCAUGAAGUCUUAUGAGUCUGACCUUUCCCAGCACAUGGAUGGACUUGGAGAUGAUCUGAACAACCUCAAAUCCAAGAGUUUGAAUGAGAAGCGUGAAGUCUCAGACUCACUGGAGAGCCUCCAAGAGGAGAUUGAGAAGCUGUGGAUAGAGCUAAAGAUACUCAAUGGUUCUGUGUGUAACACAUGCCCAGAGAUGUGGGUCAACUUCCAGCGAAAAUGCUACUACUUCGGUAAGGACUCCUGGACGUGGCUCCAGGCCAAGCAUGCCUGUAGCGAGCUGCGUGGACGACUGGUCAGCAUCCACAGUUCAGAGGAGCAGGACUUCCUGAGAAGAUGUAUCAAGGAGAAGGACUCAUGGACUGGCCUCCAGGACCUGGACAUGGAAGGCGAGUUUGUCUGGUUGGAUGGGAGCCCGAUGGACUACAGCAACUGGCAAGUGGGGGAGCCCAACAACCAAUACCAGGGUGAGGACUGCAUGAUGAUGCUCGGCUCUUCCGGCCAGUGGAACGAUGUCUCCUGUUAUAGCGAGCUGAACAGCUGGGUGUGUGAGCGGCUGGCCACGUGCUGACUGGCGCACCCUCGGACCUGCCCUGGGACAUUACAACUGGCUGCCUCCUUGUACCCCUCCCUGCCUGGCUUCCUUCCCGUCUUCCUUCGGACAACAGCCAGGCCCAGAGCAGGACACUGA